AUGGUGCUUGUGCUGCUGCUUCCGCUGGUGUUUGUGCUAGAGGGCGGGGAGAGGAAAGACGAAGUGGUGUCUUUGGUGGAAAAGUUUCCUACGCUACGGGCGCGGCGACGGUGGUUGCGUUGCGGAGGCGGGGGCUUGGAUCUUGAGAGG